AUGAGCACGAUCUAUUACGGCAACACAGAGGAUGAGGACUGGGUUGAUAAGCCGUACACAAUACUCAUGAUUCUCAAGAUCGCCGAGGGGGUCAUCACCGUUCGUGACUCCGGAGAGCUGGCGCCGACUCGCCCUUCUUGGCGCAUAAGCUACCAUAAAAAAGGAUCGUACGCCUACUUGAACCCUUCCGGGUCUCAGUACUUCAACGACGGCGAGGGCUACAGAACGUACAUUUCUUCGAGGACGGACAUCCACCCGGAAGGCUACGUCGAGUAUCGAAUUUCACGUCCGAGAGAUCCAAGACGGGCCACAAGCUUCAUCCGCAACGCGGCAGCUCAACGCGCUGCCAAGGUGACAGCAGCAAUUGAACUCGAACUUGAGCGCCUGAGUCGUGGACGCGAGCCUGCCUCGCCCGAACAUCGACAGGCAGCAGACGACCAGUCAAGCGCUUCGCGUGAGCGGAUUGCGGAGCUCGAGCUCGGAGGCAACACCGGCAGCGUUCCUGUGUCUUGCGUAGGAAGUAUCAGGCCGAGCAGCGAGGAUGACGACAGCGCCAGCGAGGAGCGCUUCGAGCUUCUCGACGGCGCCGAUGCCGCCACUUCCAGCGGCGCGACAGAGACCGAAAGCGAGGUCGUCCGACAAGUGACGGGCAUUGAUGACGACAUCGGUCUCGUGCUGCCUCUUGCUCAAGCUGCGGAAGCUCAAGACGGCAGCGCCAACGCCAAUGCCAACAACGCCGGAGCGGAUGCGCGAGUGCGCGAGCUCGAGUCCGAAGUCGACGUGCUGCGUAGACGUCUGGAGGAAGUUGAGCUGCAGCUCGCGAGGGCCACGUCUCCACGUCCACCUGCCCAUCUCUAG